AUGAAGUUCUCGCCGCUCAUCCUCGCCGCCCUCGUCUCGACCGCCGCAGCCGCGCGGCCCAAGUGCCGGCCCAAGAGCCCCGGCGGUUCCAGCUCCAGCUCGCCUGUGGUGAGCUCGAGCUCGAACUCGAGCCAGGCCCCCACUGUCGGCGUUCCGGUGGCGGUCUCGCCCACCGCAGCCCCCUCGACGAGUGCUGGUAACUCGUCGGCUCCGUCGCCGGUCCCCUCGGAGUCGUCGUCGUCGGCCAGCUCGUCCGCCGCGUCAUUGUCGGAGAGCGCCAGCUCGGCUCCCCCGUCCUCGUCCUCGGACGCGACCACCUCGCCCUCCGAAGCGCCCACUGCCGCCCCCUCGCUGGCCCCGUCGCCCUCGGCCUCGGCGGCGCCCGCACCGAUCCCUUCGGGCAACAGCAACGCUGCCGCCACGAACCCGAACUACACACCGCCCAAGACGGCCGACGAGGACCGCUUCCUCGACCCUAACGUCAAGCCCACGCUGCCUGCGCCGAUCGGCAAGCAGCCCACGGUGGACAGCGUCGUCUUCCCGCCUGGCUCGGUCGGUAUCGGCCCCGACACCGUGCCCGCCAGCGACCCGAUCGCGCAGCUCUUCGUGAGCCGCUUCAACGAGUGGCGCUCGGUGUGGGGCGCGCCGCCGGUCCAGUGGAACCAGACCCUCUCGGAGGGGGCCAUCGACCACGCCAAGAAGUGUGUGUAUCAGCACUUCAUGCCCCCCGGCAUCCACGGCCAGGUAAUGGACACGAUGGGCGGCGAGGUCAAGGCCACCGACUUUGCCUGGCAGGCCAAGCACACCAUCGACCGCUGGAUGGUCGAAGGCAAGGAGUACAACUACAACACGAACGGUGCGAACAAUGGCAAGGACGUGGGCCACUUCACGAUCAUCUCCGACCCCCGCUACACCCAGGUCGGCUGCGGCUGGGGCAAGUGCGGCUACAUCUACUGCGACUUCACCCGCGACUUCCCCAAGGAGUGGGAGGAGAAGCUCCCAGAGUACAAGGAGCACGUGUACCCCCGCAUCGAGGUGCCGUGGGACGACUACUCGGUCUCCUUCUGGCAGCGCAAGUGA